UCGCCUCGCUCCGCGAGCCGGGCUUGGCUGCUGCUGCCGCGGCGGCUGCGGGGAGCUGGCCGGCUGCUGCUGAUGGAGAAGUGAUGCUGGCUGCCGGGACCCGGGCGGCAGCAGCGGCAGGACCAGGACCAGCCGUGGGAGCCCAGCUGAACCCUCCGUGCCGCCAGCCAGGCGAAGACAGCAAAGCCAGCUGGUUUAUCAAUAUGCAACCAGCACUUGUUCGAUAUGAGGUGGAGAAGGCGAGAUGAAAAAUGGCACAGAAUGAAGAAUUAUGAAAUUAUGGGCAUGGCACAGCUAAGCAAAGAAGAGCAAUUAAUGAAGGGAGAAAAACGGAACAUUGUCUAAGUCAGAUUAUGCACUUCAGAAUAAUACCAUAAAGGAUCAUCAUUUUAAUCAGUUAUUGAUUACAGUUUGGGGACCUUACAUAAAUUCCACUCCGUGCUGCUUUUUAUAAGAGAUAAAUGAAAAUACCAAGAAAUAGAAGCUGCUACUAUACAAAGAAAGAAAGAAAAAAGUAUCUUCAGGGUUAAUAUCCUCCAUCUGAGAUCCAUGAACAAUUACACAGUUAUUUUUCUAUAUCGAACUUUAAGGUUUGUUAAUAAUAUGCUGCCUUUGCGGGACAUAGAGAUGCUAAUGGUAAGAGGGCUAUUUAUUCACUAUACUGAAUAGAGGAGCUACAGAAACAAUGGCUUCAAAGGUCUCAUGUUUAUAUGUUCUGACAGUAGUUUGUUGGGCAAGUGCUCUUUGGUAUUUAAGUAUAACUCGUCCUACUUCUUCCUACACUGGCCACAGACACUUCAAUACCAUAUCGAUAGCCAGGAAAAAUGUCUCCUUUGGUAAUAUAAGAACUCGACCUAUAAAUCCACAUUCAUUUGAUUUCCUUAUAAAUGAGCCUAAUAAGUGUGAGAAGAGCAUCCCUUUCCUAGUCAUUUUGAUCAGCACGACUCACAAAGAAUUUGAUGCAAGACAAGCAAUUCGAGAGACUUGGGGAGACGAAAACAACUUUAAAGGCAUCAAAAUUGCCACUCUCUUCCUUCUUGGGAAGAAUGCAGAUCCUGUAUUAAAUCAGAUGGUAGAGCAAGAAAGUCAAAUUUUUCAUGACAUUAUUGUUGAGGACUUCAUUGACUCUUAUCAUAACCUUACUCUUAAAACGUUAAUGGGUAUGAGGUGGGUGGCCACGUUUUGUCCAAAAGCAAAGUAUGUUAUGAAGACAGACAGUGAUAUUUUUGUAAAUAUGGAUAACCUUAUUUAUAAACUGCUCAAACCCAACACCAAGCCAAGGAGAAGGUACUUUACUGGUUAUGUCAUCAAUGGAGGACCAAUAAGGGAUGUCCGCAGUAAAUGGUACAUGCCCAGAGAUUUGUAUCCUGACAGUAAUUAUCCACCAUUCUGUUCAGGCACUGGCUACAUUUUUUCAGCUGAUGUAGCAGAACUGAUUUACAAAACCUCCCUCCAUACCAGACUUCUUCAUCUGGAAGAUGUGUACGUGGGACUCUGUCUUCGGAAGCUUGGCAUUCACCCUUUCCAAAACAGUGGCUUCAAUCACUGGAAGAUGGCCUACAGUUUGUGUAGAUAUCGCAGAGUGAUCACAGUGCAUCAAAUAACUCCAGAAGAAAUGCACAGAAUCUGGAAUGACAUGUCAAGCAAGAAGCAUCUCAGAUGUUAAGAUUUUUACAGAUGUAAAUACUUUUUUUUUUAUUUGGGCAGAAAGGAAUCGGAUAAUUUAUAGGCAAAUUAACUUGGAGGAGGGUUUUAAUAACUGAUUUUGCAUUCUUGUCUUGACUCCUGGUUUGCACCCUUCAGACUCUAUUCAUAAAGACAUUACGCAACUUACAGGGGCCAGCGUCAAAUCUCAGAGUCAUUGCUCCCUAUAACAACAUUAAAAAAAAUAAGCUCUUGCACCUGUAGGUAUAAGAACAGUAGUAGCUAACCAGAGCUGCAUAACAAUUCAUGCCCAUGCAUCUGAGAUGAGAGUCUGGCCCUAAAAAAUGAAGAACCAUGUUAACAUCUUUAUCUCAUCCUCACAAGCUAUAAGUGUCUUUUUUUAGGGCUCUAUUCAUAAAUAUACACACAAAUAUAAAAAAUAUACUAAAUGUGUGUAUUUACAGCUUGAGUGCUAUCUUUGCACUGAUUUUAUACACCUGUAUUGGCAUGUACAUUUUACUGCACAGUAUGUGCAGUUUAAAAAUCAGUUUAUUACUGGCAGAAAGGCAGAAUUUAAACAAGUGUGAAUAUAACAAGAAGUGGGCUGUAGUCCACAAAAGCUUAUGCUCUAAUAAAUUUGUUAGUCUCUUAGGUGCCACAAGUACUCCUGUUCUUUUUGCGGAUACAGACUAACACGGCUGCUACUCUGAAACCUGUCAUUGAAAAUCAAAAUACAGUAGGUCUUAGAAACAACACAACCUGCCCAAAGAUAAAAUACAUGCCCCAAAAAGGUGGCAUUUAUGUGGAUUAUAUAAUAAAACCACAUAAUUCCCCCUGACUAAAAGAGCCCUAUCUAAUAUAAUCGUACAAUGAAAUAUAAUUUGUGUGUGAAAUACAAGACAAAGAAAAUGUGUGCAACAAAAACUAAAAAUCAACUCAAAUGUGUAUUCAGGAUAAAGGUACUUAAAAUACUUUAACAUUUUCUUUUUAAAACAAGUGCAGCAUAUCUCCUUAGUACUACUUAGGACUCGUAGAGAUAUAUACGCACUAACAGCAAUACUAUUUUGGUACAGUAUUAUUGGACUAGACAGUAUUAUCACCAAUAGAAUUUUCAUAAAUUAGUGUCUGCCAUAGCAAAUAUGUAAUUUUAUUGAAUAAUGGAAAAUAUCAAUAAAACAAUCCUUUCCUACUGUCUUACUGACUAGAAGCAAGUUUACCAUCUCCACAUCACUCAGUAUAUCAUUAAAAUUAAACACAACAUAUGGUACUUAAAGCAUUUUGCUUUCUUAGAGCUAAAUUCUGCUUUUUACCGCAGUGCACCCAUUACAGAAAAUGUAAUUACUCAAGAUUUAUACCAGUGUAGCAGAGGAGAAUUUGGACAACACAAAAAAUACUCAGUCAAUUCUUUCUUGGGCAACAGAAGGAAAGUAUAAUAGCAGUUAUGUGGAUCUCUCAAGGGGAGAAUAGAUCCUCACAGCAAAAUCAAGAAUAUUUAGAAGCAACACGUACAUAAGCCAAAUUCUAGUCUUUGUUUCAUAUAUGGAGCUACCAGUGAAGUCAUUAUUAAACCAAGAAGUCACUGAGGCCCAAUUCAGGAAAGCAUCUCAACUCAGGACAGCCCUUAAGCACACACUUAACUUUAAGUAUGGGAUUGAAGUCAAUGGGACUCAAGAACAUUCUUAAACGUCAAAUACAUUCUUAAGUGCUUUCCUGAAUCAGGGCCUGGGAGCUGGGCACACAGAUCCCAGGGCAGAAUUUGGUCUUCAGACUACAAAACAUGUGACUACUUAAUUUAAAUUUUCCCCUCUAGGUACAAAUGCAUUUCCCCUUUAGGAUUCCCUUUCCUUCCCUGGCCUUUUCCUAUAGGGUGACCAGACGUCCCGAUAAAAUCGGGACCGUCCCAAUAUUUCGCUCCGCCGGCAGCACUGGUUUUUGUUUUGUUUUUUGCUCCGCUGGGCAGUCCUCGGCUUCUUUUUGCUCCGCAGGCAGCACCCCCCACACCCCUCAAUGUGUCCCGAUAUUUUCUUCCUCUCAGCUGGUCACCCUAUCUUCCUACAGCGUAACCUGCUUUCUCAUGCUUGCUCUUCUCUACUCCUGUCUCAGGCCUGUGCAUAUAAUGAGACGACAAUAGAUCCCAGAAGCACAUCUCUCCAACCUUUAUGAAUACUAGUGGAGUGAGAUUACUGAAAAAUAUUUUCUGUUUGAAUCAUUAAAGCAAUGUGCUUUCACUGCCUUCACACAAGUGUGCUUUCAAUUAAUAUUCUUGCAGGAUGUUCACUGGAACAAACAGAUUUAAACAAAUAGUAUAGAGUAUUCAUGGAAAUUGAAUUUUCACCUGGUAAACAUGACAAUUCUCACUCAAAAUCUGAUAGUAACAGACAUCCUCAUUCAUCGAGGUGACCUAAAUGUCCAAUCAAAACAACUCAAAUUUCAAAUAUUAAUUAUAGUUGGAGAUGGUCAAAAAAAUCCAAAAAUAAUUUUGUAAAAAAAUUCAAAAUGUUGAGCUUGUUUUUGUUUUGAUGUGCUCAAAAUGCAACUAUUACGCAUUCUUUGUAAAAUAUUCAUCAUUUUUCAAAAUGGUUAUCUAAAAUGUUCAUGUUCUGAAAAGUUAUUUUAAGAAAGUGAACAUUUCUAUAACCAUUUUGACAACACACAACAUAUUUUCUUAAAAAAUUAAAGCAGCACAGCAUUUUUCAUAAAAACAAAUUUGACAACUGACAUUUUUUCACAAAAGAAAAUCAUUUUUGAAAAAGGCUAUCUUUGCAUGAAGAGUUUUGUCUGAAAAAUUUCAGCCACAAUACAUUCCAAGAAUUACUUGCUGAAAUUAUUCAGAAAAUAAUUUCAGCAAAAAGAAUUCAAAAAUAUUGCUGCAUGUUCACAGUUUGCAAACUGAAAGAGGCAAAAUUCAUCAUAAAAGUUAUAGCUAUGGAUUAUUCAGCCAUCACUGGUGUCCAGUGUUGUGUAAGUACAGAAGGAUAGUUAUGUCGUUCAGGAUAUCCAUGGGGAAAUAGUAUGAAAUUAUUGAUUCAUUGUUUAAGUGAAAUCUCUGAUGUAAUUUUGCCCUUAAUAUUAUCUGUUGUUAAUAUCAUGCCAUAGGUGUACAUAGCACUUUAUAAACAAGUAAGCGAGCGUUCCUCCACCCAGGAGCUUACAUGCUAGUGAAAAAUCCUGCUCACCUUAUUCACAUAGCAGUAUUAUUGAUUUCAAGGGAACUACUUGUAUAAAUCAGGUGAGGAGGAUUUGGCCUUUAAACCACACUAUAUAGUGCAGUGAAUGAAAACAAUAGGUAUUGAGCUUUACUUCAGAGUUAGAAGUGAAGCCAUACAGUAGUUAGCCCAAUAGCUGCUGCUAAUUUAUAACUGCAGUUGCAUGCGUAUCCUUAGAAAAAAUCCAGAAAUGUUGGCUAUGAACACUGAAUUUGCUACAAUGAAAUCAAGAUAUAUCCGUCUCAGCUGCCCUUGAUAAAGCUGUUCUUGCUUCCUGCCAAACUCAGAACUCUAAGAAAACAAAGUUCAACUGUUUGCACAUAUGCAUUUUAUAUACACACACACACACAUACACACACACACACACACACACACACACACACACACAGAGUGAACUUCAUCCUUUCACACUCAAGCCCAACUAUGUGCCAGUAACUAAAUGGAGGGUGAAAGAUGGAAUUCACCCCCAGCUCAUGGGUAAACCACAGACUGCAAUGCAGUCUCUCCAUAAACACUUACUGUAACUGUUCCAACCAAUAAGCUGGAAUAGCCUCUGCUGUAUCUUCGCACACUGUGUGGGGAUAUUGGGCCCUGGAUCCAAAAACUCAUAAAUCCUGUGAACUCACCUCCAGCCAUUCACACUCUGCUCAGCCUAUUCGGGGGAAGCAGAGAGACCACCCCUCUGUAGCCCAUGAGGGUCACAGGGCUCCUAUUCCCAUCAUCACAGGGCUUGAGCUUGGAGGGCCUUGAAUUUCCUCCUUUAUGAGCAAACUGCCUCAGACAGCCUAAAAAUUGCAUUAAUGAUUAGCAAGUACAUCUUGAAAAUACUAUUUCCUGGUGUUUAUAAAUAAAUAGUUUUUCAACAGAAAUGUAAAUAUUCAUCAUGGAACUCGUACAUAUAUUUUGAAGGCAUUUUCUUCUGUAUUCAGCUGUGUAGAGUCUGCUUGCAAUGUAAUAUUCUGUUAUGCAUGGAGCCGGGUUAGGCAUUAUGUUUGUCCAGUGCUUCAAGAGCCUUAAGCAUGUGUGCCCUAACUUUUGAAUAUACAAGACUUUUUUAUGUCAGGUAAAAUAAAACAUGAACUAAUUUUCUAUUUUUAUUAAUUUUCUGAUACUGUACUUCACUAGCUUUUUACGACCAUGAUAUGGAUUUAGUAUUUUCUCAUCACUCAAAAAAUAGAAUAUGCAAACCAUAUCUGGAAAGGGAUAUGGCUGGUCCUAAAACCAGCACACUGUCCCUCUAACCCAAAAGAGUUUGUGUUGGACUAAAUAAGGUUAAAUAGCAACAAGCAAUGUUUGCAUUGGGCCCCCUUUAAUCAAAACAAAUAUUUGUGUUAAAGGUGAUUUUGUUUUGACAAUUUAAGAGUGCUGGAUUUUUAAAUCACUUUAAUCAAAAUAUGAAUACAGUCAUAUUUGGUUUUGAUUGAAUUGUAGCUGAACAAAGCACAUGGUACCAAGAAGCUGUGGGGGAAGAAGGGGAAGGGGAGGUGGGAAAUGUCUCUUUUGGAGGAAUUUUUCACUGUAGCUUUUCCUGUCAGAUGACUUGGGAAUUCUUCAAUGAGUACUCAAGAUUCAUUUUCCAUCUUUCCUAAUAUUUAGAUUCAGUACAGAUAUUGAUUCUUUAUGGGGAUAUUUUUUAAAAUAUAGAAGGCAAGGGCAAUUUAUAAAUGAAGGAAGUAAUUAAUUAGAAAAGCGUGUUGAUAGCAACUGAACUUUAGGUGUAUCAUUAUAUAUGAAUGGCUGUAUUUAUGUAUUUAUUUGUUAAAAUUGUAUAUAUUGUUUUAUCUACCGUAAGUGUCUGUAAAAGUGAAUUCUUUCAAAGUAUUAUUUAGGGUUUUGUGGGGUUGCCAGUCAAGCUGCUAAUCAAGAUACUAUUUUUUGUAUAAAUGUCAAAUUAAAAAAAACCGAAUAGACAAAUGAAAAACUGACAGUGUCAAUGUACAGUUCGCUGCUUCACCUCUCUCUUUCUCAACAUGUAAACUAUUAUCAGAAAGCACCAUGCUAAUGUAUAGGCAUAUCUGCCAUGAGAAAGAGCAUUGUGCUGUAAAAGAUGAUUUUUUUUUAAACAUUGGGAAAAAUAAACAAAAGGAGAAAUUAUUGUAUUUGA